AUGGACCCUGCGACUCCUGACUCCCCCACACGGGACCAAGACGAGAUCAGUUCGGAAAGUCGAACACGGGCAAAUAGCCUCGAAUCUGAUUUUGAGGAUAAGGGGCCAUUCAAGGGUAACCGAAUCAACAGCGAUGAAAGAGUGAUGAACCUGGCUCGCACACUGAGCGAGCGGUCGAAGAAGUCCUAUCACGAACUCCCCUUCGAACUGAGAACAGGCAGUGCUAUCGACCCGCAAAGUGCUCGGUUCAACGCCAGAGCCUGGGCAGCGGCUUUCUACAAUGUCCGAUACAAUGCAAAUGAUGGUCCUCCUGCGCGUGUCGCCGGUCUUGCUUUCAAUAACCUGAACGUUGUCGGUUAUGGGAGUCCGGUGGAUUAUCAGAUGAGCGUCGGAAACGCGGUGUUGAAGCUGCCGACCCUCGCGCAACAGUGGUUUGGUGGGAAGAAACGGAGAAUCAACAUCCUUCAAAACGUUGAUGGAUUGCUGCUUCCCGGCGAACAGCUGUGCGUUUUGGGCCCCCCUGGCUCGGGCUGCUCAACCCUCUUGAAGACCAUCGCAGGGGAGACCCACGGGUUUGAGGUAGACCCCGCGUCCUACAUCAAUUACCAAGGCAUCACCCCGAAGCAAAUGUCGAACGACUUUCGCGGCGAGGCCAUCUAUACUGCGGAAGUGGAUGCACACUAUCCUCAGCUCGCGGUGGGUGACACCCUUUACUUCGCCGCCCUUGCCCGUACCCCCCGGGAGAUCCCUGGGGGAAUGAGCCGUGAAGAGUACGCCGCUCACCUACGAGAUGUUAUCAUGUCUACCUUUGGCAUCAGCCACACCAUGAACACCAAAGUCGGGAAUGACUUCAUUCGCGGUGUCAGCGGAGGCGAGAGGAAGCGAGUCACCAUUGCUGAGGCGGCAUUAAGCUAUGCUCCUUUGCAGUGCUGGGACAACAGUACUCGGGGCCUGGAUAGCGCGAAUGCCGUCGAGUUCUGCAGGACCUUACGGACACAAGGGGAUAUUUUCGGCUUGACUUCGUGUGUCGCCAUCUAUCAAGCUCCCCAGGCAGCUUACGAGAUUUUUGAUAAAGUCACGGUUCUCUACGAAGGGAAGCAGAUUUAUUUUGGCCCUGCCCGAGAAGCCAGAGGAUAUUUCACUCGACUAGGAUUUGUAUGCCCCGAGGCUCAGACGACGCCUGACUUUCUGACCUCAAUGUCGAGCCCUGACGAGCGAGUCAUUAAGCCAGGCUUUGAGAACCUAGUGCCCAGAACCUCAGAAGAUUUUGCACAGCGAUGGGAAAAGAGUCCUGAGCGCCAGGCACUUCUGCUCGAGAUCAAGGAUUACGCCGAUAAGCACCCAUUCAAUGCGACGGACUUCGACCGCUUUGCGUCUUCUCGGGAAGCCGAGAAAUCAAGCAAGCAACGGCUAAAAUCUCCAUAUACUUUGUCCUAUUUGGGUCAGAUUCGCAUCUGCUUAUGGCGGGACUUUCAACGGCUCAAGAACGAUCCCAGCGUGACCCUCGCCAUGUUGAUUGGAAACUUCUUUGAGGCUCUGAUCAUUGCCAGCGUGUUCUACAACCUUGCCGAGGAUACGUCCUCGUUCUUCUCCCGGGGAGCUCUCCUAUUCAUGAUGGUCCUCCUAAAUGCAUUCUCCAGCUUGCUUGAAAUCCUCGUUUUGUACGAGAAACGAACAAUUGUGGAAAAACACGCGCGAUAUGCACUCUAUCACCCCAGCGCCGAAGCCAUCUCGUCGAUGAUCAUGGACAUGCCGUAUAAGAUAACAAACUCGCUGCUCACCAAUCUCGUGCUAUACUUCAUGUCGAAUCUACGAAGGGAACCUGGCCCAUUCUUCUUUCUCUUGCUGGUGUCCUUUUCCAUGAUGAUGGGCAUGUCAAUGUUCUUUCGCUUCUUCGCCUCGUUGACGAAAUCAAUCGAACAGGCUCUUGCCCCCUCGUCCAUUAUCUUGCUUGCUCUGGUGCUUUAUACGGGAUUUGCAAUUCCCGUCAGCUAUAUGCGUGGCUGGGCAUCGUGGUUGCGAUGGCUGAAUCCGGUUUCGUAUGGAUUUGAAGCCGUGAUGGUCAAUGAAUUCCAUGGACGAGAGUUCCCCUGCACUUCAUUUGUUCCGUCCGGACCAGGAUACGAGAAUGUAUCGAGCGAACAAAAGGUUUGUUCGACAAUAGGAGCGGUUCCGGGCUCAGAUGUCGUUCGAGGUACAGACUUUGUCCGCUCCUCAUUUGGAUAUGAGAACAGCCAUCGCUGGCGGAAUCUCGGGAUUAUCAUCGCCCUCACUAUUUUCCUCGCAGCCUGCCACUUGAUUACGUCCGAGCUGGUAUCUUCUCAGCGUUCCAAGGGCGAGGUUCUCGUCUUCCGCCGCGGUAAAGCCCAGCAAGCCCGAUCGAAGCGAUAUCAGAGCGAUGAGGAGCAAAAUUCAACCCCCGUGGUACAGAACGAGAAGCCCGCCAACGAUGGGACUGGAACUAUUGCCGGGGUUGAGAAGCAAACUUCAAUUUUUCACUGGGAAAGUGUCACGUACAGUGUUCAGAUCAAAGGCGAGGAGAGACGUAUUCUGGAUCAUGUUGAUGGAUGGAUCCGGCCAGGGACAUUGACAGCACUCAUGGGUGUCUCCGGUGCGGGUAAGACCACCUUAUUGGACGUAUUGGCGAGUCGUACGACUGUCGGGGUUGUCGGAGGAGACAUGCUUGUCGAUGGUCGACCCCGGGAUGAGACUUUCCAACGCAAAACCGGCUAUGUCCAACAGCAGGAUCUGCACCUUCACACGACGACCGUCCGGGAAGCGCUGGAAUUCAGUGCCUUGUUGAGACAGCCGCCUCAGUUCAACCGUGCCGAAAAGUUGGCUUACGUGGAGACAGUCAUCGAUCUUUUGAACAUGAGGGAAUACGCCGAUGCGAUAGUCGGAGUUCCAGGCGAGGGCCUCAACGUCGAACAGAGAAAACGCCUCACGAUCGGCGUCGAACUGGCUGCGCGUCCCAAGCUGUUACUAUUUCUCGAUGAGCCUACCUCUGGCUUAGAUAGCCAAACCUCUUGGUCGAUUUGCAACCUUAUGGAAACUCUGACGAAGAACGGACAGGCGAUUCUUUGCACAAUUCACCAACCGUCUGCCAUGUUAUUCCAGCGCUUUGACAGACUCCUUUUACUCGCCAAAGGGGGUAAAACAGUAUAUUUCGGUGAUGUUGGUCAAGGAGCAAAAACCCUAAUGGAUUAUUUUGUCCGCAAUGGCGGCUCUAUUUGCCCUUCAGGUCACAAUCCAGCAGAACACAUGCUUCAGGUCAUCGGAGCUGCACCCGGGGCACAGACAGAUAUUGACUGGCCUGCUGUGUGGAGAAACAGUCCUGAAUACCUGGGAGUACGAAGUGAACUUGCUAAACUGCGGGAAUUGGCCAACAUGUCGCCAGUAUCGGAUCCAGAUGAUAGAUCUACUUAUGCGGAAUUCGCAGCGCCUUUCUUUGAGCAGCUCAUCCAUGUCGGACGUCGUGUAUUCCAGCAGUACUGGCGAACCCCAUCCUACAUCUAUUCCAAAGCCUUGCUGACCAUUGGCUGCGCUCUCUUUAUUGGAUUCUCUCUGUUCAAGGCGGAAAAUACCAAGCAGGGUCUACAGAACCAGUUGUUUGGUGUCUUUGUCUUUCUGUUUGUGAUCGUCCAACUUGUCCUCCAGAUCAUCCCAUCGUUCGUCACACAGCGCACGCUCUACGAGUCCCGGGAACGGCAGUCGAAGACUUAUGUGUGGCAAGCCUUCAUUUUGUCCAAUAUCGCCAUCGAGUUCUUUUGGAAUACGAUAAUGGCAAUCUUUUGCUUCCUCGUCUGGUACUACCCCGUCGGCUUUUACCGGAAUGCCGAGUAUACAGACGCGGUCCAUUCUCGGGGUACCCAGACAAUUCUGGUUAUUUGGGCGGCCUUCCUCUUCGCCAGUUCAUUCGCACACAUGUUGAUUGCGGGCAUGGAUAGUCCAGAGAUUGCAUCGAGCUUGUCCAAUAUCAUGUUCAUCAUGAUGUACGUCUUCUGUGGCAUACUCGCCGGUCCUGAUUCUCUGUCACGCUUCUGGAUAUUCAUGUACCGGGUCAAUCCCUUGACAUAUCUGGUGUCGUCAUUCUUGUCUGGAUCAGUCGGUGAGGCCCCUAUGCAUUGUGCCGACAACGAGGUGUUAUCAUUCGCAGCCCCAGCUGGAAUGACCUGUCAGGAGUAUAUGCAAGAUUAUAUCUCUGCGAACUCGGGAUAUUUGCUGAACCCCGGCGCCCAGGGCAAUUGCAAUUUCUGCACUAUGGAGAACACCAAAGAGUAUUUAGAGAGUCUCAACAUCCAAUUCGGUAAUCGAUGGCGGGACUUUGGUUUCCUGUGGGUUUACAUUGUUGUCAACACCAUCGGAGCCAUUGUCUUCUACAAGAUUUUCCGCGUGCCGAGGAGUAAGAAAGGCAUGAAGGGAUAG